AUGGGAUUUUUACCAGAGACCUUGAAUAUGGAAGAGAAGUUUGGCCUCACCUUGCAGAUGGCUCACCCUCUUAGAGCUGUGCCCAAGUGCUUAGAAUUGUGGACUGCCUUGGCAUUACGGAGGCUUGUCUCCCGCCUUGCAUUAGGGAUAUUGUCUCCCUUGUUUGUAUCUGUACUCGGUAUUCUAUAA